UGGGGUGGAGGGAACUGGGGAGGAGAGACCCUUCAAACAGGAUCAAUGGAGGAUCAGCAGGCUCUCGACCUUCAUCCCAGAUGUCCACCUGCCUAGUGUAGGGGGUCAUUUCCCUCUGCCUAGUAGGAUGGCGGUCUCUCCUGGCUUGAGAGAGCCCCUCCCCCGGCACCCCCUCCCUCCAACAUCCUGGACAGUCCGCGGUCCUCUCCCUUCGUCAGGUCUAACCUCAGUCUCUACUGCUGCAGCUCGAGGACAAGCUCUCCUUCGAUCCCGCCGGACGCCGGGAGACGUGACCCAGAUCCUGGGGAACACUGUUCGCCAUGCGGCCCCCUCCCCGCGCUGGUCCCCGACUCCAUGGUGGCCGGUCUGCACCCCGCGCAGCCCGAGGCCUGGCCCGCGCCCCUCUAGAGCCUUCAUGCACGACCGGGGGCUUGGCGGUGAGAAAGGCCUGGCCCAGCUUGGAGGGUAGAAUGGACGUGGGGGAGGCCUUGCCCGACCCCCGGCCCGCAGCCCCCGGCUCACGCCAGGGCGCCGCCUGCACUCCUCGCCUUGCUCACCUUUGCGCUCGGAUCCGGGGCCAUAGGGACAGCGACGCGCGGUUCCGCGGCCCCACAGCACCAGCUGCGAGAGGAAGGGGCCGCGGCUGGAGGCGGGGCGGGGGGUGGAGGCGGAGCCGGCGGUGGGGCGGGGUCCUGAAAGGCGGGGCCGACUGGGUGGGGUGAGGGGAAGGUCGCCGCUCUCUUCUUUGCGCCCCCUACUCUAGCACAAUAGAGGCGGUUUGAGGGCGAGGCUCACACACAGCCUUCGGCCAUCGGGCGACCCCCCACCUCUAGGCGCUGCGGCCCUGAUAAUCGCCCCCUGGUGGUGGCCUCGCCACCCCGUGCACCCUCCACAUGCUUAUAGCCGGUCCUCUCCUCCGCUGUAACCCUAGGACACCCCCCCCACCACUUGCCUACUGCUGGGGACGUGCAAACCUGUCCUGGCGUUGCGGGGUUGGGGGACCCUCUCCGAGGGCCUUCUGGCCUGUCCUCUAACCUGGACCUCACUCCCUGUGCUCCUGCCACCGGCUUCUGCUCUCGGCCUAGGGUGUGGAGGGAAGGCUACCCUAGGUGGAGACUGGACGUUGGGGAAGCUCUGAACACAAGGCAGGGGCUUGAUUCCCAGCUUCAGGGGCUGUUCAGCUUGAGCUAUGCGUGGGGGAGAUGGUGUCAGGCCUCAAGGGGAUGAAGUAACAGCUUGACCUGAAAGGCACAGAGAAAAUGCUUUUUCUGGAUAAAUAAGCCACAAGCAUUUGCACCUGUUUACUCACCAAAUCUUAACCCUAACCUAGGCUCACCUCAGGGACUGGGCCAUUCAAACACUCGCCUUCCCCUCUAGCUCAUCUUGGGCACCAUUCUUAUCCAGAACUUAAGAGUGCACCCUUCUAGGCAAUCAAGUACCCUAUCCUUCCCAGAUUCAAUCACCUUACCCAGCAGCAAUCUAGGAAACCCCUCACAAUCAACUCCCCAACUCCUUUAACUCAACUAGGAUGGUCCUUCUGUGCAAACUUGGGUCCUGCCUCGUUUAAUAGGUCACAGCCUAUUAAAGUGAACUUAGCUCCUAUAGUCCAAACGAAACCUGCAUUCAGGCCCUGACCCAGCCUGGUCCUUCCUCCUCCAUCUAUGACAGUAUUCAUGUGGGCUCAAGAGAUGGACCAAAAUGAUAAAGGCCAUAAGAACAUACGUGGUUGACUCUUGCACGUGCCUAGGAGUCAGAACAGGAUUCAAGUGGCACAUUUAACCAAAGGAAACUUGGGAAAGACUUCAUCCUUCUUUCUGGAUUCCCCAAAGCUCACAGUUUGGCACUGAAUCAUAUACAGUCUCGUAGUUUGGAUGGCUGUGUGUGACUGCAGACUGCUAGACAGCAGGGCCCACAUCACAGUUCCACCUCCCCCAGCACUCUGCAAAUAGGAUGUGUGUGGCGGGGAGAGGGAAGGUAGCUGGGGAGAAACACAAUAAAAAAUGUACACACACUUUUACA